AUUGUCCUCCAUGCAGCAGUCCCAGCCCACCUUGCACCGAGAUAAGAAACAGUAAUCUGUGAGCAGUCCUGUCCAGUUUCCCUCAGGUGGCCCUGCUGACUGAGCUCCACCUGCAGCUCCCUUCUGUUUAAAGCCUUCAAUCAGAGCAGUUCGCCUUAAAAACACAGAAAUGAGCAUCAACAGUGACAGACGGAUAGAGAUGGAGGAGACCAUCCGGAACCCGGGUUAUAAGGAUGCAGACGACAGCGGGUCUGGCCGGUCUGCGGCGAGCAGCUCCAGGUCUGACACCGAGGAGAGACGCGACUCCAGGGCGGUGAAGCUGGAUCAGUACGCGCAGAUCAAACCUUACGCAGGGAUGCCCAAAGAGGUCCUGCUGCUGCACUCCUCUAAGGCCCGCUACCGGGUCCCCAGAGAGAUCCUGUUCUGGCUCAUAGUGUGCUGCACCUUGGCGCUGGUGGCGGUCACCAUCACCAUUAUCGUGCUGUCCCCCCCCUGCAUGGGCUGGUGGCAGAUCACCCCGGUCUACCAGGUCUACCCCCGCUCCUUCAAGGACUCCGACGGGGAUGGAGUAGGAGACCUGAAAGGAAUCAAGGAGAAGCUGGAUCACUUCCUGAACCUGAACAUCAAGGCUGUGUGGAUCAGCCCUUUCUACCGCUCCCCCAUGAAAGACUUCGGCUACGAUGUGGAGGAUUUCAGAGACAUCGACCCCCUCUUUGGGAACAUGCAGGACUUUGAAGACCUUCUGGCCGAAAUGCACAACAAGGGGUUAAAGCUGAUUAUGGACUUCAUUCCCAAUCAUACCAGCGACCGCCACCGCUGGUUCAACCUGAGCCGUACUGGAGACCCUCACUACAAGGAUUACUAUGUGUGGACAGACUGUAAUCCUGCUAACCCAAAGCCUAAUAACUGGGUGAGCAUCUUCGGAAACUCAUCAUGGACUUAUGAUAAGGUCAGAAAGCAGUGUUACCUUCACCAGUUCCUCAGUGAGCAGCCAGACCUGAACCUGAGGAACCCGGAUGUCGUCCAAGAGAUCAUUGAUCUUAUUCAUUUCUGGCUGGAGAAGGGGGUGGAUGGGUUCCGGAUGGAUGCAGUGAAGCACAUGCUGGAAGCAGCACAUCUGAGAGAUGAGCCGCAGGUGGAUCCAGACAUGCCGCCGGAACUGGUAACUACAGAGUGGGACCUGUAUCAUGACUACACCACUAGUCAGGUGGGUCUGCACGAUAUGCUGAGAAAGUUCAGGGCAGAGAUGGACACCUACAGCCGAGAGCCUGGCAGAUACAGGUUCUUGGUGACAGAAUCCUAUGAUUAUCAGGAAGUGGAGAAGACUAUGAUGUACUAUGGAACCCCACUGGUUAAAGAAAGUGACUUCCCCUUCAACUUCUACCUGCUGGACCUGCCUCAAAACGCCAGCGGCUGGUGGGCUAAACAACUGGUGGACUUCUGGAUGUCCAACAUGCCCAAAGGAAAAUGGCCCAAUUGGGUGGUGGGGAACCAUGACAGGCCCAGAAUCGGUUCCAGCGCUGGUCAGAUUUAUGUCCGCGCUAUCAACAUGAUGCUACUGACUCUUCCCGGGACGCCAACAACUUACUACGGCGAAGAGAUCGGCAUGGAGAACAUUAACAUCACGCAAAGUCAAGUACAGGACCCUGCUGGGAAAUACAACGUGAGUCUCAGUCGGGACCCUGAGCGGUCUCCAAUGCAGUGGAGCAGCGAGAUGAACGCAGGAUUCAACGCCAAAUCUAACCUCACCUGGUUGCCUGUUCAUCCUGACUAUCAAAGUGUGAAUGUGGAGCUCCAGAUGAAUGAUGAAGGCUCCGUCCUCUCUCAGUACAGCUUCCUGAACGGCCUUCGUCAGUCGGAGCUCCCAUUUCUGCGUGGAUGGUUCUGUUAUGUCCUCGCUGAUAACAACGUCUUCUCUUACAUCCGAGAGCUAGAUGGACACAAAGAAGCUUACCUGAUAGUGAUUAACUUUGGCAAAGGCUCCACCACCACAGAUCUCUCUGCUAUACAGGAGCUACCUGAGCAGCUGCAGGUGCUGAUGAGCACAAACCGAGCCAACGACAACAAAGUCUUCCAAAAAUCUCAAAUUGUGACCGAGCCGGGAGAGGGUUUGGUCAUUCGCUACUCCACCUACACUCGCUUUCAUCCUAACCAUCCUGCAGAAUGCUACGUCUCUGAGAAGGCCUGCUAUUUAGAGACUGUCGGCAUCCUUUAUAAAUGCUGAAGAAAACCGUUUAUUCUCACAAAUCAUUCUCCACAGAUGGAUUUUAAUGCAGA